CUUGCUGAUGAUACCACAGAUAUAACAGACAAAUCACAGUGAUCUGAUUUAUUUUGAAACUUUUUUGGAAAAACUAAUGUUUUAAAUAAUAUAUUUGGUAAACGAGCACCUAAAGCAGUCUAAAUAAUUGGUACACCAUCUCCGACAUCAUGAUACCUUCAAGCCUCAAAGUCACGAUUCCGGCUGAAAGAAUACUUCAAGCUGAAGAACAAAUUUUAGAGCGCGUCGAAGAAGAGCCCGACAUCAGCACUCGCCGACCUGCAGCGAAAGUUGAAGUGUCACAGUUUGUAGACUGAUUUUCCACGUGGUAUAAAUUACUGCGAAUGAUUGUGAACAUCGUAACGUACAUUUUUUGCGAAAAACAGUUCCCUACGAAACAUUGUACUUCCAUAAAUUAUAUUUUAAAUUAUCUUAUCACAGAGACAUAAUUUUCUUUUAAACUUUGCAUUAUUUUAACACAUUUAAUGGAUUAGUCAUAACAGUGGUCUAACAUGUACCAAUGUACUGUCCAUGAUUUGCAUUCAUUUAAAAGCAUUUGUUGAUAAAAAACGUGACCAAAACAAGUGAGCAUUUCUGAUAAUACCCAGUACUGCGUAAAGAAACAUUGAUGACGACAUCAGCAUAUAGCAAGUCUUUGCGUAUGUAUAUAAGUAAAAUGAGCUGGACAAAAUUUGUACUUACAAAUUUUAUUUUAUUAACAAUUACAUCUUCCUCAACAACUACUAUUGACGAAGAAUACAAAUUGAUGCCAGAUUUGUUUAAGUUUGACGACUACGAUAAAUGCAUCUAUUACAGUACUGCCUCCGAACCAACUUACUGCACGGUCACAAUUCAAUUGUUGCCGAAAGAUAGUUCACAAUCGAACGUUAUAUGGAGUAUUAUACAGAAAGUAAGCUCGGACAAGAAAAACUAUCGUCAUGAUUUACUAAGACACGGAAUAUGUGCCAGUUGGAAAUGUGAAAAUUUCAAUGAGACGAUAUCUGAGUGCUUAAGUCGUAUAUACAAGUCAAAAUAUGGACGUUUAGGACUUGAUGCUCAAAUUAACCAGUUACACUGCGAAACAAAGAAAUCCGAUUAUGAUAUAAACACUAAGGAUAUUAUCAUUUUGAUGGUUUUAAUAAUUUACGUGGUCUUUGUAGUACUCGCUUCAAUAUGGUUGGCGAUUUAUGGAAAAAAAAUUGUGAAAAAUGAGGAUACAAAAAUAUCUCCCGUUGAGGAUUUUCUCUCCGCAUUUUCACUUUCUGACAACAUCUACUCAAUAAUGCACAAAAAUACGCCAAAACGGACGAACAAUUAUUUGUCGGUUUUAGACGGUGUGCGUUUUUACAAUUCAGUUUUUCUGAUCAUCGCUCAUGGAGCAGCCUUUAUAGGACAAACUGCAGUUUCUGACACUAAAGCCAUGGAAAAAUUAACGACUUCCCUUUUUAUUACUACUAUCAUCAAUCUUUCAAUAGCCGUUCAAGUUUUCUUUUUCAUGUCCACUUUCCUAACAACUGUUAAUUUUUACAGCCACCUGAGACGUGCGCAAGAAGUUACUUUGGGUGAUGUUUUACGCAAAAUCGUCAAAAGAUAUAUAAGGUUUACUUCAGCACAAGCUGUUUUUAUCGCUUUGUACAGUUCAUGGUUUAUACAUUUAUCUCGUGGUCCAUUUUGGGAACAAACCGUAGGGUUUAAUCACAGACAAUGUAAUGAAAAAUGGUGGAUUAACCUACUCUACAUCAGCAACUUUUUCUUUGACGAUGGAGUGUGUUUACCUCAAAUGUGGCACUUGUCGAUGGAUUUUCAGUUGACAGUGAUCGGUUUAUUAAUCCUGUGGUGGACGCAAAAGAAUGGAAAACGUCUACUUUUCGUUUCAGGAAUAUUACUUUUGUCACAAAUCGUGUGGACGUUACUUUACUUAGGGUGGAACAAUUUCGAAUUCAGCUUUUUAUACACACCAGAAUUUUUAUAUAACCUGACGUUUACGUUAAGCAAAGAGUGGCAGGCGACUUGGAUAACCACAAUCACCAAUUUGGCGGCACUUGCCUGGGGGUUGAUUUUCGGUUACAUGUAUUCACACCGUCAGAAUAACACAUUUAUUACAAAACGAUCUUACUGUAUUUGGUGGUCCACGAUUGUCACGGUUUCCUGUCUAGGAACGAUUUUAUUUUCAGCCUAUUAUAAGACAACUGACUAUUACUCGAAUAGUAGGUGGUUCGCAGCAACUUAUGGUAGUAUCGAGAAGGUGCUAUUUGUUUUUGGGUUCGGUCUUUUUAUUUUUGGCAUGUUGCACGGUCUUGGUGGAUGUGUAAAGAAGGUUCUUGAAUGGGCUCCAAUGCAUGCUCUAGGCAAAUUGUCGUUUGGUACAUAUUUAAUUCAAUUUGUGUUUCUCAACCUUGACACCGGUUUGAAACGAUAUCCUCUCUAUGUGAUGGUUUAUCUAGGGGCAACCGAUAUCUUGAAAUACACUACUCUGUCUUAUUUGGGCUCAAUAUUGUUGACUUCGUUUGUUUUGAUGCCAAUGGAAAAUUUGGCGAACAAGUUUUUGUGAAAGUAAUAGUCAUCAAACUGGCGAACAUAUUAAUCAAUUUUUAUAAUAAAAUGUCAGUUGUUUGUUGUAAAUCUAAAAU